AAGAUUUCCUUACUAAUUCUGAGCAAUUCAACUCAGACUCGUCUGAUUCAGAGGUGAUCAUUACAAGCAGAAGUGCUGCUGAAUUCAAUUCAGCUGAUACAGUACUAUUUAAACCAAUCUUGACCAGUACCAGUAUUGGUGUUGAAGAAACUCCACACCGUGAUCCAGAAACUAUGAUCUUACUUUCCCAAGCAGAAGACUGCCCAGGAACAUCAGGAAGUGCAUUGGAAACUACAUGUUAUAGAAAAUACACAGAACUGUAUGCACCCAUUAUAGUAGAGGAUUCAGAGACCUCCGGAGACAGUGAUGCUGUCACUCAUGAUAUUUCAGAGGAUCCAGAGAUAGAACAGAGACCCAUUUCAGAAGUGAUUGCAAACCUGGCACUCCAGAUUGAUCGCCACGCAGUCAGCAGAUUUCACAUUUGCCGCUCUGACAUCUGGGAUGGUGCCGUCAGAGGAUUCAAAAGAGGAACAUUCUCUGAAAAGAAGGACCUCCUAGUAAAGUUUUCUGAUGAUGCAGGCAUGUUUGAGGAAGGUAUUGAUACAGGUGGCCCAAAAAGAGAAUUCCUCUCACUCCUGAUGAAAAGCCUGAACAAACGACCCAUAUUUGAUGGACCUGCAGAGAGCCGCUACCUUGUCUACAACUCAACAGCAAUCAGAGAGGAUGAAUAUAGUUUGGCAGGAAAGAUGAUUGCUGUAUCCAUAGUACAUGGAGGACCUGGUCCAAAUUUCCUCUCAAAGGAUCUGGUCAGCUACAUCUCAGGGCAGUCCAGUUUCAACUCAUCUAUAGGAGACAUUACAGAUGAGGAAAUAGGGAAAGUGUUACGAAAAGGUAUGAGGGUGUAA